AGAUAGAAGAAAACGGUCCAAAUUAAGGAUAGAGCUUUCACGAGUAUAUAUCUAACUUACAAGAAGACUUCAACACCUGAACAACUACGAUACUUUUAUUUCUUAAAACAACAAGAACAUGAAUCCAAAAGUUGAAAUUAGUAUAUAUUUACUUGGAGCAUUUGUUAUUAUAUGUUCAGUGGGCAUCUCCGAGGCUAGCCAGAAAUGUAUGUAUUGUAACAGGGCCGCUAACAUCAGUGACUGUGCCACUAACCUCAUCGAGUGCUCAGACGCCGAGGAAUGCUAUUUGGAGAAAAUCACAACUCAAGAAUUAAAGACAGCAUACGUUGCUGGCUGUCGUUCAAAAACGGUUUGCGCUCUAAUGGCAUCUUUGGGCAGUGGAAGAAAAAGGAGUGAUUAUACAAACUGCGUAGAAUGUUGUAAUUCAGCCCCAACACAGGAACACGGACCAUGCAAUGCCAAUCUCUGUGGUGAAACUGGCCUGUCCAAAGCUGGAUGCCUGGUGUGUGAUGAUCUAGUCCGAUCAGCACAGGGAGGCUGUACUAACAGACAAGUGUGUCAAGAUACCCAGGUCUGUGCCAAUGCUGUCCACAUUGUUGGUGGUGAUAUCUUAUACAGAUAUUAUUGUGAGGAAAGACAUAUUUGUGCCAUUGCUUUGGCAAACAAUGUUGAUGGACAUAUCAUAGGAGAAGUGGUAAAGCGUGUUAAUAACGCUGAGAACCAAGGGCUCAUCGUCUGCUCUGCCUGUUGCUAUGGAAACGACUGUAAUCAAGAAGGGUGCUUCGAUUUGAAGAAAAAAAAUAUCACAAUUGACAUGCUAGGAACCAACCCCCCUCCCCCUCCCACUGCUGGAUAAAGAUAAAACUCUUUUAUUUAUUGUUUUCAUAAUUAUGCUCUUGAUACAAAUAUCUGGUUAUGUCAAUAAAUGUUAUUUUUUGAAAGAAA